CAUCAAGGAGCGUUCGCGCUUGUGGCUAGAAAAUUAAUACAACACUCGCCAGCCGGUCUCAGCUGCAGUCCCCAGAGUACUUUGUAUCCCUUCUUCUUCGCCAAUGCCGGUCGAACAAUUUCUAAUAAAGCUCGUUUUUUUUCCUUCCUUUUUUUCCUUAACAAAUGUUCCUUAUUGUGUUGCAGGAGUGCGACGUUGUCAUGAUGUUUCCAAGCGGAAGCAACGACAAGACAUUAAUGUGGCUUCUGGGACGCCUUCGCGCCGGGACGCCAGGACUCGUGGUUCACGUGCGGCAUCACGCCUCGUCGGAUAGUUACGGUUUCUAUCUGACCGCACCGUUCGCCGUGCUCCUCAAAGCCGCCGAAGAGGUGCACCUGCCGAAACGCCUGCGCCAGGAGUACGGGGGUGGUCUCAAGGAGUUCGUCGGCUCGGAGGCUACUUGCUUCGAGGGCAGCGACGACGAGAGCCGCUUCUUCACGACCCAGGAGCGCCAGUCCCUGGUGCUCCACCUGCUGCACACGCUGAGAGCCGGCCCGCACGACCUGCACAGUCUGGCCGGACGACUCAAACUCGUCGAUGGCCAAGCGAUCGUUCCCAAAUGCCUGUCCGCGGGUGUUAUUUCACAGGUCUUCCCUCUCCACGAGCUGCCUGCCCUGGAAAAACUGCAGCAGUCGUGGGUACGAGCCUUCUUGAGUCCACAACCCCUCGACGACAUAGCCAGGUACUUCGGUGUCAAGAUCACGAUGUACUUUGCGUGGCUGGGCCACUACACCACCGCCCUCAUUGUUCCGGCUGCAGUGGGUGUCAUAUACUGGGUCGGCAUCAUCGGUAGGAACCAGGCGGUGGAGGACGUGGCUUACGUGCUAUUCUCCAUCUUCAACGUGAUAUGGGCGACGGUGUAUCUGGAGACGUGGAAGCGUCGGGGCGCCGAGCUGGCCUACAGGUGGGGCACGCUCGACCAGAGGGACGACUUGCUCGUCGAGCCGAGGCCACUGUUUACGGGAACUUUGGAGGUAUCGCCGGUGACGGGGAGUCUCGAGCCGACAUAUCCCAACUGGAAAAGAAACGCCUUUCGUUACCUCAUCAGCGUACCAAUAAUCGCGAUUUGUUUGUUCUUCGUUUUUAUAGUCAUGUUCAUAAGCUUCCAAAUUCAGGACUGGUGGGACGCGAAACUGGAGGCUGCUGGCUACGGAUUCUGGCUGAGCUACGUGCCGAAGGUCCUGCUGGCCUGUGUAAUAGCCCUGAUGGACGAGGCUUAUUUCAAAGUUGCCGUUUUGCUCAACGACAUGGGUAUGUCUGAAAAUAUUGUUAAUAUCGAUGUCAACUUGACUACGAGGUUUCAAUUUGUCAACUCCUUCCUGUCGUUGUUUUAUAUUGCAUUUUACAUUCAAGAUCAAGAAAGACUUAAAGAGCAACUGGCAGCCCUGUUGAUAGCACGUCAGGUGAUUGGCAACCUGAAGGAGUCGGCGGUGCCAUAUCUGAUCGAGCAGCUACGACUGGCGCGGUUGAGCUUCGAGAUGUUCGGAGCACUGAGUCCAAGCGAGGCGCGCGCCCCACCCGGCCAACCAGAACAGGCGUCCAGCGCAAGUGGCACCGAAGAGGUGGAGGGCGGUGGGGGACCGGAGGACGACAGGGAGUCCAAGGCUAAGCAGCAGAGGAUCGUCAGCCAAGCGGAACUGGAGAGCUCGCUCUACAGAGUAGGACACCCAACUAAUUCUCUACUUAGUGACGUUGCUUUCAAGGUUUGGGGUCUAGAUUUGGCCGAUCUUUUGUUUCGACUUUUUUUCACCUUUUUUUUGUGUUUACUGCCAUUGGACAUACGCUACCGAACGAACGCUCAUAACGAAAUUCAUCGCCAUCUUGCAUACAAUCACGCAAACGCAACAACUCACGAGAGUAAAAGAAAAAAGACGAUCCAAGACAUGAAAAAAAAACCAAGUCCUUCCGUAAUCGGCGCUCCAUCUCGGCCCUCCCGACCCUCGUCUACUCUACUCUCACUCGUAUACUCAGGGAGAUUCGUGGUGAGUCCAGCAGACGGUGCGUCGAGCAGCGAAGAGGAGCUCAAGCAGCUGCAGCAGCGCUGCGCCGAGGAAUUGGCCAACGCGCGCUCCAGCAACUACCGAGCGAGUCGACCCGCGACCCCGACAGUGCCCUCCUCGAGCGCCCAGACACCCAGUGUCCCAGGAACGCCCAGCGGAGCCGUUGCGUCGUUGCACCAGGUGCCCAGAAUAACGGAGUCGCCCUCGGUCCAGCCGGAUACGCCGGGGAGCACGGGAAGCCACAGCAGCGAUCACAGCAGCCCCUUCCUCGUCGACUCGGGGGAGAUCAGUGCUCUGCCGAGGGGCAGCAUACCUGGUGGUGACAAGUCCCGUAAAUCGAGGGACUGGAUAACGAGCGAGCAAGAAUCGUCGGGCAGCGGGGACUACAGCCACCACUUGACGAUCGGUCCUCACGGCGGCAUCGACUGGGUGAGGCGCCUCGGCCUCGAAACCGGAGGCAGAAAAUCCAGCGACUCUGAGAUCAGUGGGGUCGGUGGUGGGAGCAACAGUGGGGACGAGAUGGCCCUGCACAGGUCGACCGACUGCAUCGUCUCCAAGGACUUUGUCGCAUCCUCCGAAAACGAUCUUCUUCGGUAAGAACGAAGGGCACGCGAGGCAGAGGUGAAAGCGAAAGAGGCCGAGAGGGAGGCCCGAUGGCAGCAGCCCCAGUCUUGCGUGGGUGGUGAGCUCUCCUGCAUCCCCAUAGAGAAGCUCAUAUCCGUGGACGACAUCGCGGCUAUGGAGAUGCGCCGAAUGAAUCACUAG